AUGGAAAAAGCUGCCUAUGCGGCGAAACGUCGGCAAGAUAAGUUUCACAAGAAGGCUCCUGCUCCGAAACCAGCCAAGCAAAAGAGCAGCCAGAAGGCACCUGAAGUACAACACACGGCACCACUCGUCGUCUGUGAUGCUCGAUACGGCAAGCGUCAGCUGCAACAAAACAGAACCAUUGAUCAGAGUCUAUCGUCAAGCGACACGGAUGACGAACAGCUGCAAGAUUUUGAGAAGCUGCUCGAACUUCCACCAUCGAGUGCGAAUCAUUUUCUUCUAAGCUCGGAAAAACGUUGGCUGCAGCCGGAUACGGAUCUACCGGGAGAGGAUGAACAGAAUCGCUACAGUGAAUACUUUCGAAUCGAUACCAAACUGCUGAACGCAAGUCUUGGGAGUAUUCCGUUCUACGAACGGCACGGCUACGACGAAGCACUGUUCAGCACGCUGGAGCUCAAUUUAAUGCGACAGAAAGCGGAAAUACAGAAAAACAAAUACCAACAACUGUACGGGGAUCAGCUACCAUCGAAAUCACAGCCAGGGCCUGUUUCGCGUAGCAAGAGAGCAAAUAUGCCUUUACCGAAUAAGCCUCAUCCGCCACCAUGUUUCGUUGGUGCAUUUGCAAAACCGGGAAAUGAUUUAUCUGCAACAAGUACGGAGACUAAACAUGUCUCGUUAGAUAAAAAUUCAGCUAACUCAUUGCAAACAAAAAUGAGUGAGCUUGCGGUUGAACCGGCGUUGAGUAAAAGUGUAACCAAAGUUGUACUACCUACUGUGCCAACUGUCCAAACAGCUACAACAACGCAACAGCCGGCCGGUUCAUCAAAAGACACGAAGGAAGAAAUUCAACAGUGGCUGGAUGAUAUUUUGGACAUAUAA